CAUCAAGGGAAGGAAGUAAGAGAAAGGCGAAGCGACUGGUAUAUUACCAGAAUUUUCUUGCACGACUUUCAAAUAUCUUGCAAGCAUUCAAUUUUUAUCACUUUUUCUCCCUCCUUCCCAAAAGCCAUCGCACGCAUUAAAAAAGCGGGAGUGACGACUGGGUACGAGUCUGGUGAUUGGUUAUAUUUUUGUUCGAUUGGCUCCGUUCCAAAAUGACUUCAUUUCAUUUGGGAUGUUUUGUGCUAUAACGUAAGACUGCAAAUAAUGAAUAAUCUAGUGAUUAUCAAGAAAGGCAUUCGUAAUAUGUAUAGAAGUCCAUAGAAUACGAUUUGCAAGCGGGUUCAGUUUCUAACCACAUAAACAACCGCCACUAUUAGUAAUUGUAUUAGCAUAUCGGCGAGGGGAUCUUAUGCGGAAGUCAAGCGAGUAAACAAUACCAGAAUAUAUUCUCGUAACAUAUAUAUUUUUAUGAACACUUUCGCUAUCUACUGUACACUUCAUUGUACAUUGUGAACUCAGGGCCCCAAAAUCUUAGAAAAAAAUGAUCACAGCAAUUGUACAUCUGGUUGCCUUUUUAGUUGAGAACUGCACUGGUGUUGCUAUAACAGAAACGCAAGGAAAACAAACUGAUUUUGAACAGGGGACAAAUUUACAGUCAUCAUUGCUGGAAGAACCCAAGUCAUGUCCUCUACAAGACUUCAUAACGCUUGAUCCAGAAGACGUUAUAUUCCAAGAGUUUGAUCCCCCAAAAUACCUUGAAAAUGAACCUCAAGCAUGGAAAAUAAACUUGCCAACAUUCAAGAAGUCUUUCUGGGAGUGUCUGAAGACGGUGUUGCUGAUCCAAGGACUAGCUGUACCACUUACUGGAAUCAUAGCUGUCAUUGUUAUUUUUUUGGAUUUCCAUACAGCUGAAUGGUGCUAUGAUGAAAGUUGGACUAAGAUUCCUAAGAAUGUGCAACGCCUAAAGAUUACUGUUAAAUGCUUGGAGUGCUUCUUAAUCCAAGUGUGGGAUUUUUUCUUUCUCUGUAUAUUGUUUCCAUUCUCAUUGAUCAGGGAACUUAACGUGCACACACUCAUUCUAGCAGGGUGCUUUUUGGACGUGGUAUUAAGACUGUAUAUUCAAAUGUAUGGAGUUUUUAAAGGCCCUUGGUUGUCAAUUCCACUGGACUCCAUGUUCGGGUUUAUAAUGAUGGUAAAUCACUAUCGCUUGGCUCGUCACCUUCAUCCGCAUUCCAUGAAGGAUGCUUUGAAGUUUCACUUUGUUAUUACUUUGCAGUUGUUUCUUGCAGUCCCUGUCUGGUUUGUCUUGGUUUAUGAAAUGAUUCCAUUUUAUCUCCAUCGACAGAAGAGUACAAAAUUAAUCAUUGCUGCGUUAUACCCCCUUUUGACUCUUAUUCCAAAAGCAGUUUCUCGCCUCGCAGCACAGAGCGACAUCUUGAAAGAGGUCAUUCACCCGGGUAGUGCUCACAUCCUCGUUGCAGUAACAUAUGGUGUUUCAGCUGUUGUAUUUCGCGUGUUGCAAGCAGAACUAACAAGCAGCAUUGGUCUCUUCAUAGCUCUGGGAAUAGCUCAUGCCAUCAUAGAUCUUCUGGAGAGGAUUACUAUUACAAUGAGAGAUCAUAUCUGGGAGCAUUUGUAUCGCUUGGUGCGACGACAAGGAAGUAAACAACCAAAGUACCGCAGUCUAAGAAGCAGGCGUUUGAUAGCUGAUGUCAGCAUCCAGAUCAUGAUGCAUGAAGCAAGUGCUCUGAUGAUUGGGUUAGGAUUCUUUAACAUCUACCAAUUUAUCUAUGGUAGAAGAUCUUACACAAUCUAUCAGUGCAUAACAGACUUCCUAACGGGUACAAGUAUUGGCCUCGCAAUCGACAUGACCAUUAACACGCUGUCUCUCUUGAUCCAAACUCGACUCAUCAACUUGCCCGUCAACAGAGUAUGGAAGAAGAAAUGGCGACAUCAUAUUCUAGCUAACAGUCUCAUCGCUUACAUCUCUGUUCUUUUCUUUAGUGAGCACUUAUUUCAGGUAAUCCGAGAUAAAUACGACUCCCAUCUAGGUUUUGAUGUACUCCACGGACUCAAUUGUUCUUUUCCAAUUUUUCUGUAAUCAAGCUCGCAUGUUUGGCACAUAUUUGUUUUUUAGCUUGCUAGUUUUUAUAUAAGUGUGUAUAUUUGUAUCCAUUACUGUAGAUAUUUAGUAUUGUAAGAGCCAAAUUUGUUGUUUGGAUAUUGCUAAUAAACCGUUAUUAUUAUUA